AUGUCGAAGCGCCGUAAGUCUUCAAAACCCGAUACCUUCUCUGUGGAAAGUUUGCGCGAUGAAGCUGAAAAAGAAGUAAACCAAGAGGUAACCGCUGCCAAAAUCUUGAACGAUCUUGGUUCUAUCAAGCUGGAUGCAGUAGAAAAUGUUCCUGUUGUCGUUAUUCUUUGUGCUCUGAUUGUCAAAUUUGGUGUAUCCGUCGUUUGUGCUCUGGCUUGUGUUGUACCAUCAUUGCGCGUUUUACCUACAUCUGUGAAGUCCUGAAGCUACUAUGUCCUUCAUUGCCUGAGGAUGAAGCAAAUAGCAUUUAUCAAUGCUUGUCGAACAUGCCCAACCAUUUCGGCUCAAACACCAGUCAGAUCCACGUUUUUGCACUCCCAUGCAAUCGUUGUCUUCAAUGUGACUCAAAUCUUGUACGUCACAAUGUUCCCGUAGAGAUCAAGUAUAAUACUCUGAAUGGGACAAACGAAGGUAUAAAAGUUUCCCUCAAAUGCAAUAAGUGCAGUAAACUUUAUGGCUACGCAAAAUUUGGCAACCCAACGGAUGGCCGGAAAUUGUACCCCGAGUCCAGAAGCGCAGUUGAGGCAUCAGAUGUAUGUUUUGUGGAUCGGUCGCUGUUAAAGUGGCAAAUAUCUCUAGUGUAAGUUGUUUUUUAGUUUGCACAUUACUCAGUAGUCACUAUCAUAUAUCACUGAAUGAGAUCGCGGAUACUAUAGGCUUAGUCUGAAAAUCCAGGACGUACCAGAACUGUCAAGUUCGCCCAUUGCGUUUCGUUAGACUUGCUGAACCCGACUGGUCUUUAGUAGUCUCAUAAUUAUUUUCAGUUAUAAGAGUUAUAGGUGGAAAUUAUCGAGUGGAAUUUAUAUACAUUUAUAAGACAUGUUCAGGAACAGCAGCGAAAAACACAACUAUCUGUCCCUGACAGGAAUCGAACCUGCGUGGCCCUGCGGUUCCAGUGCGACGUUCUAACCGAGUUACAGAGGCCAGUUCGAUUCCUGUCUGGGGACCGAUAGUUGUGUUUUUCGCAGCUGUUCCUGAACAGGUCUUAUGAAUGUAUAUAAAUUCCACUCGAUACUUUCCACCUAUAACUCCUUUCAACUAUAUUAGUCAUACGAGUAUGAUGCCAACAAAAUCUCAGCCUAUUUUCAGUUAUAGUCUUUCUAUAUUGAAGACUAAUAUAAAGUCAGAAAAGUUCUUUCAGUUAGAAAAUCGAUAAAAACGGAUAUCGUGUAGCACACGCGAAUGCGAUAAAACACACACAGCGAAGAAGUAAAAAUGAAACAAACUAAGGGAGAAAGGUAUAAAUGUAUAUUGUAUAUUCGGUUGCAGUUGUCAUUCAUGGGUAUCAUUUAACGGAUUCUCAGAGGCCUAUAAUGAAGUUCACAAAGGAAGUAAGUACAAAAGCUUGCCCACAUACGUAUGUGCCUCUUGAGCUACAUCAUCCGGCCAGUAGCAUACUAAAACAAUACCGUAACCUUCAGAAUAUAAGCCCCCGAAUAUAAGCCCCUAUAAGUCACCACAUGUACUAAUCGCCCACCCAUUCCAAAUAUAGCCCCUGGCCACAAGGCCACCCAAAUAUUGUUUAUCACUAUUAAUCACUAUUAUUACUAUGCUUAACACUUGUUUAUCACUAUUACUAUAUUUGUUUAUCACUAUUACACUAACACAAAAGAUCGUUCAUGUAUAAGCCCCCAGUAUAUAAGUACCCCCUUUUAUAAGCCCAUCAAAAAUCGCUUACGAAAGAAUAUAAGCCAAGGGCUUAUAGCCGGAGGUUUACGGUAGACCCCCUUCGAUAAUUACGCCACGACUAUUCGCUCUCAUCAGUAAAAGACGAUUGACUCAUGAUUCAUGAGAGCGAGGCUUGUAGGCCAAAUGACGUAAUUAUCGCAAGGUUGUAUUUCAAAGUACUCUGACCGAAAUUCCGCGAAGUCACGCCAGUGUGAAACAAUGGAUUGAAAUGCAAUGUGGAAAACUUGUACCAUAAAAUUUACCAAAUGUUUCUAUGAAUUGAAAACUGGGUAACAUAUGUCUAUGUUUUUGGAUGUAUAACAAUUAAUAAUCACUAAUCCUAAAAAUAUAACAUUCAUUUGUGUCUAAAUAGAUUUUGGAGAAAAACAGGUGGCUGCAGCAUUUUGGAAUGGCGAGCUGGAGAAUGAGUUGAGAGAGCUCGGCGUUCUGGACUUUUUUGGAAAGUUAAGAACAGAUAAAGAUAGAGAGGAAGUCAUGACGGAGAUUGAUAAGAUUCGAGCAAAAACUAUCUACGAACAUCCACAAGAAGAAUGUUCGGAUGUUUGUAAGGAGCGUG